UGACGAGUACUCUCGCAACGCGCGUUAGCGCUUAUCAUGUGAACGCUCUUCAAAUUUGAUCGCGCGUUACAUGUGAACAUAGCCUCAUUUACUUUUUUUACACAUAGUACCCAUUGUCUAUGUUUGAAAAUGAAAUGCAUUUUCGAGUUUUCCUACAAAAAAUUAAUACGUUUAUGUACCUACUAUUGUUUUUGAGAGCUUUGCUAACUUUUGAUGACAAGAGGAGGGGGAGGGGAUGAAUUGCAGUAAAUCUGCUUACGUAAUAGUUUAACGGCCCCUAACAAAGUUUUAUAUAUUUAAAUAAAAGACUGAUAUCGAAAAUUUUGUCUUAUUUCAAAAUCACCUAGUAAAUCUUCUUUCAUACCAGGGAUAAAUAGACAAGUGAUUAAAGGAUCUGUCACGUUAGCAUGUCAAAAUAAGGUCAACAUGUUAGUGUAAUAUCAUCAUCAACAUGUUAGUGAAUAGACAAAAUUAAUAAGUAAAAAUAUAAAAAAAUAUAACAACACAAAAAUGCUCGGGUUUCUCUCAAUGAGUUUGAAUCGUGCUAUGCUAGGAGUGAGCGCCGCUCUUUCCCUGGCCUCAUGCACGAUCUAUCAUGACCGAUCUGAAAACAUCAGCAUCCGAAGAAAAUACUUUGUCUGCUAAAGGUUAUAAACUAACGAAAUUCGUUGGCGAAGGUGCUUACGCAAAGGUAUAUUUAACAGAAUACGCCGCUAAGGAAGGCGCCAAUAAAGUUACACUCGCGUGUAAAAUCAUUGAAACCUCAAAAGCCCCAAAGGAUUUUGUUGUAAAGUUUUUACCCCGUGAAAUAGACGUUUUGAUACGAUUAAACCAUCCUCACCUGAUACACGUGCACAGCAUAUUUCAGCGGAAAACUAAAUACUAUAUUUUUAUGAGAUACACUGAAAACGGUGAUCUCUUGGGUUAUAUUUUGAAAAAUGGUUGCGUUUCUGAAAAUCAGUCGAGAGUUUGGUUCCGUCAAUUAGCUUUGGCUCUCCAGUACCUUCACGAGUUGGAAAUAACACACCGUGAUAUAAAGUGCGAAAACGUAUUAUUGACAGCAAAUUUUAACGUAAAGCUUUCCGAUUUCGGGUUCUCGAGGUCUUGCGUUGACGAGGAAGAUCAGCCCGUAUUGAGUGAGACCUAUUGUGGGUCUAUGUCCUACGCGGCUCCGGAGAUCUUGAGAGGCAAGCCGUAUUUGCCGAAGCAAACUGAUCUUUGGUCGUUGGGAGUUGUACUAUUUGUAAUGUUAAAUAAAUCUAUGCCCUUUGAUGAUACACGAAUGAGAAAAUUAUAUGAACAGCAGAUGGGAAAAAAGUAUAGAUUUAGAUCACGUGUAGCGAGUGCUAUAUCUUUAGAGUGCAAAUCUGUGGUGAAGCAUUUAUUGGAGCCGGAUCCUGGCCUACGCCACUCGGCGGCACAAGUCCUCAAUUCCGAAUGGAUUGCUAUGGACAGUAGACUUACAACUCUUAACACAGUUGAAGCAGCGGCAUUACAAAAAGCGCGCGAAGAGCGCCGUCGAUUAUCAGAUUCGCAUCGCAACCCGCCAAAAAGGCAAGGAGACAUAUUAAGCAGAGAAACGAGAGAUUCCUAUAGAGCAAGUGAAAUGAUAAAAUCUUUAGCUAAUUUAACUGCCAGGCAGAAAAAACACGAUUAAAUGGAAGCGAAAGCAAAGGUUCAUGUUGAGGAAGAUUUGAAAUUGAGUGGCUCUGAACAACUAACGCUUGCGACUCGGGGGUAUAGAAUGAUAAAGAAAAUAAACGAAGGUUCCUAUGCCAAGGUA